AUGCAGCGCCGGGUGGUGGGCAUGGCGGACGGCGAGGCCAGGGGGCGGACGCUCGGCGCCGUCAUCAAGGAGAAGGAUGAGGAGCUCGCGCUCUUCCUCGAGAUGCGCCGACGCGAGAAGGAGCGCGGCGCUGCGGCCGCGGCCGCGGCGGACCAGCUCCUGCUCUCCGGGGACGUCGCGGCGGGGGACGGGAUGCUGCUCCUCGACCCGCCGCCGCCACCCGCCGAACCCAAACCGGCGGCGUACAAGGUGGCUGGCGGCGGAUUUAGGAGGGCACCUGGCGGAGGGGACGACUUCCUCAAUGCAGACGCCGGCGACAAGAACGAUUACGACUGGCUUCUGACACCACCAGGAACUCCACUAUUCCCAUCUCUAGAAGUUGAGUCGAAAAGGUCCCCGGUGAGCCAAGCUGGAAUGCCAAAGACUCGUCCAACUGCCUUAAAAUCUAGGUUGUCCAAUCAUCCAGAUCCUCCAUCAAGAACCAACCUCCCAUUAAGGACAGCAUCAUCAAACAGCUUGAACUCAGUUGCUACAACCCCCGACCAUCAUCGUCUGGAGGGCUUACUACUAAUUCAUCAAGGCCUUCAACACCAACUGGACGCGCUGCAUUGA